GUGCGGACACUUGGCUAUGCCUGCCAACUGGGCGGAGGGGCCUUGUUGUCCCGGCGGGACUCCCCUCUGGGCCGCAGCCUCCUGUCCCUCUCGGCCCAGCUCAGCCACUGCCGGACCGUCCUCAGGCUCUUCGACGACCUCUCCAUGUGGGACUACAGCCGCCAGUACGGACUGGGCCGCCAGGAGGAAGACCCCGCCCUCCGCUGGCUCUCGGUGCUCAACAACGUGGCCGACCAGCUCUACUACCCCUGCGAGCACGUGGCCUGGGCGGCCGACGCAGAGGUCAUCCGGGUGGACUCACGGAAGUGGUGGGCCCUCAGCACCGCCCUCUGGGCAGCCUCCCUCCUCCUGGGCAUCGCCAGGUCCCUGCGGAUCUUGUCCCGACUGAGACGGAAUCGGGAGCCGCAGUCCAAGGAAGCUGUGCGUCAGGCGCGGGCGGAGGCCCUGACAGUUGCCAGCCACUUGGCCGACCUCUGCAACGCGGUGCACUGGCUCCCCGUCCCAGGGCUGCUGUGGGCCGGGCGGUCCCCUGGGUGGCUGGUGGGCCUCCUGGGCACCCUCUCCUCCCUCAUCGGGAUCCACCUGGCCCACGUCUCCGACAAAGGGCCGGCCUCAAGCGCCCGGGAAACGGCCGGAGGGAUCCGGGAAUGAUUCCCGUCCAAGGAAGGGUAAUUGAGGUCUGCUGCUGCUGUUGAUGCUGGAAAGAGAGGCGGGCCGGCCGGGCGGCCAAGACAGAGAGAGAGGACAGCAUCGAGUGGGGCCACACGCAGGUCUUCCUAGGCCAAUCUGUACGAAUCACGGGGAAUGAAAAACGAUACGAUGAAAUAACA